GUUAUAAAGAAUUAUGUAAUGCAUAUACUGAAUUGAAUGAUCCAAUUGUACAACGUGAAAUGUUUGAAUUACAAGCAAAAGUAAAUAUUAUUUUUAUUUUUAUUUUUAUUUUUUUGAAAGAAUAAAUUAGUUGGUGAUGAAGAAGCUCAAACAAUUGAUGAAAAUUAUUGUAAAACACUUGAAUAUGGUUUACCUUCAACUGAAGGUUCGAGUAUAGGAAUUGAUCGUUUAACAAUGAUUUUAACAAAUAGUAAGAAUAUUAAAAUAAGUUAUAUACAUUUUGUCAAUUUUUAUUAUUCAUAUAGAUAUUAA